CGAUCGACUUGCGUGUGUGCUGUUUACUUCGAAAAUUUUCAACAAGCGCGAAUAGACGCAGAUUUGUGAAUUUUGUGGAAAUUAUCGCCGUAAAAGUUGAAAAUUUGGUUUGCAAAAGUGUUCAAAGUGUGCACCUGUUCGAAAGCAACAUCACAAGCAUGAAAGUUUCGCCAUACGCCACCAGCCGAAGAGAUGACGAAACAAACUGUAACUAGUGGUCCGGAAGCUGGCGCCAGUGCAUCAUGCUCGAAAAGUGAGCCACUGGUGAGUGGCUUCGAGCUGUUGCUCAAGGAGAUUAAAACCCAAAUAGUCGAAUCCAAGACCGAAGAUACAGUGCUAAUCGGAAAUUGUCCGCAGAAUGUAACCGAGGAGGAAAUAAACAAAUUCUUUUGUGGCUUUGCCACCAUCGUCAGGCUGCAGCAAGUGACCCACAAACCGUUGACGACGAACGUUUUCAUCGCCAAGUUUGACUCGGCCGAAUCCGCUUCCCGUUCGAAGGUUUUGAACACGCUUUCGCUCAACGGCAAGAAGAUUUUGCUACUGCAGCCAGACGAGAAACAUUUUGUCGACAAGAAGAAUGUGGUCGAGUUGAAUGGAUUGCAAGGUGAGUUUUAUUGCUUUUGUUUCGUUGGUAAUUAAACUAAACGGAUAUCCGGGUCUCAUACAAAGUAGGGGAACUUAUGUAUUUUCGACAGUUUUGUUCUCUUCAUUAUGGAAGUUUUUUUUUAACAUGUUUAACUAUUUUUUUUCCAACCAAGCUGAAUUAUACGACCAAAUAUUUGCCCAUAAUUCCCAAAGUCAUCCUAUGUCACGUACAUUUAACUCAAAGCAUUCGAAGAUGGAACAAUAAUUGUUUAUUGUUUUUUAUCAAAAGUGUUUCAUUUUUUAAACAGAGCUUAAAUGCAUCUUCUAAAGCUCGGCUCAUUAAGAUCAAAACAAAGUUUGUUAGCUCAUAAUAUUUUUUGUUAGCGUUAGUCACCGGCCGGUGGUUUUGUUGAAAAUAGAAAGCUCGUGGCAGUGGUGCCAGCGUUAUUUGUAUUGAUUCGGCUUCACAUAACCCAAUUCCUAGUCUUUGCACUGCAGAUAAGUUUAUGUUGAUAAUAUAAAAAUUACUGAUUCCAUUUUUCAUUUAUUUUGCCACAUUUUUUAUGGGGUCUGUCCAUAAACCACGUGGUCAUUUUUCUGGGCAUUUCCAACCCCCAACCGUCCCGCGUGGUCUUUUGUUCAUACAAAAAAUUUUAAUUUUGUAUGGACCAUGGUCUUUGCCCUAACCCCACUCCCCCCUUAAAAUGACCACGUGGUUUAUGGACGUCACCAUGCUGUUGUUGUUCUCUUCUGCUCGGACCAUCAAAAGCAUCUGUAGCAAACCUGAUAAAUGGAAGAAUGUCAAAAGAAAUGCCCCCACUAGAAUUUCAAGGAUAAUGCUAGAUUAAUACCAGAAAUAAUCUAGGAUUUCUUCAAUCUAAGAAAGUGUGCCUUACUUUCCGAUUUCAGCCUACUUGUUUUUACUAAACAGGUUCCCCAAAAAGUUGAUCCAAAAUUCAUUCAUAAAUAAUAAGUAAUCUCUUCAAACAUUUCACCAGUAUCCUCUUAAACACUUUCUCUGGACAUUCUGUUUUUCUGUUGUUGUUCUGGGAGUUUCACAAGCAAAUGAAGUAAGAAUAUUUUGGAAGCGACCGCUGUAAUUUCACGCAUCAAAAUAUUUCAGAGAUUCUUCAGAAAAUCAUAUAGUGCUUACUGUUUAGAGUUUUGGCCUCCAUGAAUGUCUUAAUUUUUUUCCACAAAUCUCGUUUACUCCACUUUCGCAGUUGGGUCAGAAACGUCGUUUUAUGUAACGAUUGGUUUAGAGACACUAAAUUAAAUUAACAACGUCUCAAUUCUCGAUUUAUGUUGCUUUAUAAGAGGAAAAUCUAUUUUGGAUGUUCCAACUGUUCAGAAUAUGGAGCUGUCUAUAAUAUGGUGCACGCACGGUACUACAAAUCAUUUGAACUUCCAAAUUAAAAAAAAAAACAACACCAAUAAUUCUUUUCAAUUGUCCAGACCAGAAAUGAUCACAUUGAAAAUUUACUCCAAGCUAUAGAAUGUUAAAAUCGGAAAAAAUUACCGAAAAAGUUACCGAAAAAAACUCAAAAUUUGAUUUGUCGUUUAAAAAAGUGACCACCCGUCCAAAAAAAAAAGAUGGAAAUUCGAAACAACCGGGAAAAAAGCGGAAAAAACAGGAAUUUUAGAUAAUAACCGGGAAACCCGCUAAAGUCUUACUUUCAUCUUUCAUUUUUUGAUGUUCAUAAACAUAAAAUAGUACAAUAUCAAAAAAAAAAUGAAAUUAUACAUAUUAAUAAUGUUACAGAAUUACACUACAAUGGCAGAUUACCUUAAAUUCUUUAAGUGUAGAACAAAAUACGCGUUUUUUUUGCACGAUUUUGUAGGCUAUGUCAAAAAGUUUGAUAGGCACCCCUUUUAUUUCGUUCUAUUUGACGCCAUGAUGUUCUGGUCAAAUUUUCAACCAAAUCCGUUAGCGUUUGGACGGUGCUAAACCCUUCUGAAGUUUGUAUGGAAGUUCAUAUGGAAAACAUCGUUUUUGCAUUUUUCUCGUUAGGGGUUCUAUCCUUAAAUCACAUAACCAAUUAAAUUGAACUUGUCGAAGUCAUCUGAAGCUUGAGAGAAAAGAUGUUACUUACUGAAGUCCUGGUGGUGCUUAACAUUCAACACAUAAAGGAAUAAUAAUAGCAAUAAAAUUUCAUUGAUUGGGCAUGCAUUGUCGACGCUAUAGCUUGUUUCACGAGUGUCUGAUAACGUUGCGGUCUUCGACAAAGUUUUUUGGCAUAUCCUAGGCUAUAGUUCUAUAUAAUCGAUUAAGCAGUUUAGGAAAAAAUAGAGCCUGUGUUAGGUUCGUGAGUGCAAAUUUUUUAAAGGGAGAUAGAGGACCAUAAAUGGUGAAAAAAAAAAUGUUCUACGCAUAUGGUCAAAUCUCACCCGUUACGUAGUUAUUGAACUUCCCAUGUUUUUACUCUUAUUGCCUUAACUGGCUAUAACUUGAAAAUUGUCAAACUUAUCACAGUUUUUUUACCCUUAUACGAAAGAUUAUUAAGUUUUCUAUCAAAUGGCAUCUUUGAAUCGGUUGGUUUAGUUAAAUAACUUAAGUUUUCUAGAGCAAAUAGCUCAAAAGUAGUGUGUUCUAAUUUGUUUUUGUCAAUUAUGUAUAGCUGAUUUUCAUUUAAUGACUUGCUGUAAAGGCGCAAUUCAACUGCUUUCUGGUUUGCUGGGUAUUGCUCAAUAAUGAUUGCAUACAUGUUACAUGAAUAUAAAAUUUAAUAAAUAUACUUAGUCAUUCCGAUCCUCAUCGAAUAUGAUACUGCAUGGCAGUAUUCAAACAAAUUACUUUUAACUUCAAUCGUCCUCAUAUUACAUGGUUUGUUGUGAAGGAACGUUUUAGCAUUCACAAGUUAAUCUCAUACUUCAAAGUGCAUUUUUUACUGGGUAAUUUUUCAUGUAACACAAGACCUAGGGGUUAUGUAGUCCAAAAAAGUGCAAAUGGAAAAAAACGGGUAUCUCAAACCUGAAAUUGAGUUACCACCCUGAAAAUGGUAAUCUGUUAAAGUUUUUAUCCCAGAACUAAACUAUCUGUGUAAUUCUCUCCCGAUUGUCUCUUUUGUACCAUACAAUAUUACAUGUUCCAAUGUUUUUAUAAUAGCACUUCAAGGCUUUAAGAGUAGUGUAGAUUAUAUUCCGCGCCUCAAUAUACAGAUUAUAUUUCAUAGGACAGUUACUUCAAAAUACAUUGGACUCUGUUUGUAUGGCAGUGGACACCCAAAUAACAAAAGAUACUUUAAUUAUCAUGAGGUACAGUAGAGACAAUCGUGAAAGAAUUACACAGAUAGAGUGAACGAAAACAAAAGUAGUACCCAUACACCUUGAAGGUCCUGAUUCCCCGCAUAAUGACAAACAGUAAAUGUAGUGUUUCUCAUACUGUAGAUAACUAUUAGCAAUUGUCAUUUAACCAUUUCUCAUACUAUCGGAGCUAACAGUAAGCUUACCAUUCCAUGUACAUAUUUGCCAGUUUGACAAAUGGUAACCCGCCAAUUUACAGUAUGUGGAAUAGGCGGUUAAGAUAGGUUACCAUAAAAAAUCGCUCAUUUUCCCGAACAAAUUUUUCGCAAUACAGUAAAGGAUAUGGUCAAUAUAUUAUCCAGUUUUUCAGACAAUUCACUGCAUAGAAAAUGGGUUCAGAACAGUUUUACAAUAAGUUUGGGAAAAAAUCGAACAAUGUAUGUGUUAUUAUUGAUUUAUGGUCUUUCAUAGUAUUUUAAACGUAUGUUAUAUGGUUCUUCUGUAUUUAAACCAUUUAGAAAAAUAAUAUAUAUUUUUUUUCUUAAAUAACAAAUCAAACAAGAUUAUGGUUCAUGUACAUGUAUUUCCUUAUAUAUUUCAAAUGAUUUAAUGGAUUAAUUUAACUAGCAUUGUUUCGCAAUAUUAAGUUUUUUCACAUUAAAUUAUAGGCAUGAUCACGAGUUAAUAUUUUUCAAUAAAUAAACACUUCUCACUUCAACUCAAAUAACUCGGUGUUGCAUAUAAUUCUAAGUUCGAUUCCCAUCCGGCAGCUUCAUCGUACCUAAGUUCCAGUCAAUGCUUCCACACUGAACUUGUUAACUUUGUAGAUGUACUGAACAACGAUAAACUGAAAUAAAUAAAAUCAAAAUUACCCAAUGUCUAGUUUGUGAAUCGAAUUAUGAAUUACCUGAUUUUUUGUUGCUGCUGUGUGGAGCACACCUGCCGCAGAGAAAUCGACAACAUUUUUCAAUUAUUGAGCUCGCGUUGAUAGUAGUUACUCCGUAUUAAAUUUUAUAUUUUUGAGGUGCGGUUUUGAUACACCAAAACAAACCAAAUAAACAAUCGACGGAAAACAAACUAUCAAUAAAUGAAUGAGAACCCGCAUAGCAAAAUACAGUUUGUCAUAUUUUCUAAACAGUAAAUUUGUUCUAACUGUUACUGUUACUUUAAGACAAACAUUUGAUUCCCUGUUCAACCAUAUGAAGCCUGACGCUGUUCACUGUAGAGAACGUUUUUGAUAUCGUAUACCAACUAGUAACAGUAUGUUAUAGUGUCUGCGCAUUGUUGGAUGUUAUGGAAAUAAAACCCGUGAGAAAUGGUGACACUAUGAGUCCACCUUAAGACAUUUGUCUGUGCUCACAGUAGCGCAACACACUAUCACAUAUGAAUUUCACAAUACAGUACUUAUGCUCAACAAUCUGUCAGAUGGUUACACACAUUUGUAUUUGUAAGUGAAAUAUUCUACGAUUUGCCGCUGCGCUUUCUGUUAGAUUGUUUACAAGAAAAAAAGCAAAAAGUGAAAAUCUAGUUGAUAAAAUACUUAACAUUCGCUUCUCAUUCAUUUAUUGAUAGUUUGUUUUCCGUCGAUUGUUUAUUUGGUUUGUUUUGGUGUAUCAAAACCGCACCUCAAAAAUAUAAAAUUUAAUACGGAGUAACUACUAUCAACGCGAGCUCAAUAAUUGAAAAAUGUUGUCGAUUUCUCUGCGGCAGGUGUGCUCCACACAGCAGCAACAAAAAAUCAGGUAAUUCAUAAUUCGAUUCACAAACUAGACAUUGGGUAAUUUUGAUUUUAUUUAUUUCAGUUUAUCGUUGUUCAGUACAUCUACAAAGUUAACAAGUUCAGUGUGGAAGCAUUGACUGGAACUUAGGUACGAUGAAGCUGCCGGAUGGGAAUCGAACUUAGAAUUAUAUGCAACACCGAGUUAUUUGAGUUGAAGUGAGAAGUGUUUAUUUAUUGAAAAAUAUUAACUCGUGAUCAUGCCUAUAAUUUAAUGUGAAAAAACUUAAUAUUGCGAAACAAUGCUAGUUAAAUUAAUCCAUUAAAUCAUUUGAAAUAUAUAAGGAAAUACAUGUACAUGAACCAUAA